UGAUGGCGUCCUGAAAGCCAACCCGGAAGUGCUGGUAGUGGUUGCUCUUGCUAGUAAUCUUUGCGGCUGCCCUCUGUCCCGUCGGCAGUCGGAAUGGAUGUGGAGGAGGCUUUUCAGGUGGUCGGAGAGUUCGGCGCCUACCAGAAACGAGCCGUGGCCGUCCUGGCUCUGACUCAGGUGUAUAUGGCGUUCCAAUCCAUGUUGGUGGUUUUAGUGGGAGCAUCUCCACAGUUCCACGUGGAGAAGCACGACGGCGUCCAGUCGUCGGUCACGUUUUUCGGGGACGUAGACUCCAUCGUGACCGAGGUGAGAAAAACGAUCUCGUGCGGGGGGGGGGGGCAUCACCUCUGCCAGGAUGCCGUGAGCGCUGCUCUUCCUUUUGUGCCGCCUCCUCGUCCUCCUCAGUGGCUCUUGGUCAAGCAGCAGGCCUACAAGGUCAGUUUAGCCGGAUCGCUGUUCUUCGCCGGCCUCCUGCUCGGGAGCUUCAUCUUCGGGCCGCUCUCCGACGCCGUCGGGAGGAGACCCGUCUACCUGACGGCUCUGUUCUUGGAGGUGUUCCUGGGUUACGUGACGGCGGCGUCUCCGAGCUACGAGGUGUUUGCCGCGUCGCGCCUCCUGGUGGGCCUGAUGAACGGCGCUAUCGGCUUGGUCAGCUUCAUCCUCACACAGGAGUACGUGGGCAAGUCCUACUGGGCCAUAACCGGGACGCUGACCAGCAUGACGUUUGCGGUGGGCAUCGCCCUCUUUGCAGCUCUGGGUUUCGCCAUUAGGCCGUGGAGGACUCUGGCGGCGGCGGCCAACACUUGGGGGGUCCUCUGCUUCCUGCUGUCUGCAAUGCUUCCGGAGUCUCCUCGCUGGCUCUACUGUCGUGGUCGCACCGAGCGAGCGCAGGAGGUGAUGCGCUUCAUGGCGCUGAUGAACGGUCGCCCCGCGCACAAGCUGAGUCUGAGGCCGGCGGACGGCCACGAUGACGGCGACGACGGCGGCAGGUCGGGCAUCCUGCGGCUGGCUGCCCAUCCUCUCCUUCGCCUUAGGACGCUCCUGCUCAUGUAUAUCUGGUACGUGUGCAGUCUGGUGUACUAUGGCCUGACGCUGGGAGCUGGUGACAUGUCUGGAAAUCGUUACCUGAACGUGGCCAUGUAUGGCCUGGUCGAGCUGCCCGCCUACCCGCUCUGCGUCUACUUUAUGAACCAACCCUGGGCUGGGCGGAGGAAGAGUUUGUCGGGUUUCUUGUGUUUGGCCGCGUGGGCCUGCCUCUGCACCAUCUUCAUCCCGGAGGACGCAGAGUCGUCGCUGGCCGCGACCUCCUUGGCGCUGCUGGGAAAGCUGACGGUGAGCGCGGCGUUCAACAUCGUCUACGUGUACACGUCGGAGCUGUACCCCACCGUGGUCAGGAACGCCGGCCUGGGAGUUUGCGCCAUGUCCUGCAGAGUGGGAGGGAUUCUCGCCCCCUUUGUUCCUUCUAUGCGCGCGUUGGCCACAGCCGUUCCGUUUGGGGUUUUCUGUUUGAGCGGCCUCUCCGCCGCCGCUUUGGUGCUCCUGCUGCCCGAGACCCUCAACGCGCCGCCGGAGCAAACCCUGGAGCAGCUCCUUCCCGCCCGCAGACGAGUUCUGAAGAGCAAGCCUCUCCUCUACCAAGAUGACAAGUGAGAAAUGACAUGCAAGUGUCAAAAGAAGUCACCGGGGACAUUUUCAAGGUGGAGCGGCGCAUCCGACUGUCCAUGGGACCCCAGGCUGGCCGGUGGCCUUGCCUCCAAGUGGGCGUGACAAGCGGGGGAAGAUGCAGAUCGGACCACCCAAAAUUGCAAAAGAGCGUUUUUUUUUUUUUUUGCAAUGCCUUCUCGGAUUGUUUCACGAUGAAACCUGUUUGAGUGGUGAUAAUUUUUAUUCACGUGUACAAAUGGUUAUAAAUGGUCUAUUUUUUUCAUGAAAA